AGGGAUCCGCGGGCUUACAAAGGAAUUUCCGGAUUGGCUGGACAGAAGGGAAGUUCGGGGAUGCCAGGCAGCGCUGGAGUGCAGGGAGACAGAGGUCCUAAAGGCCCAUUGGGUCCAGCCGGAGCUCAAGGUCCCGCCGGCAUCCCAGGGCUUCCUGGUCGACAAGGAUUACUCGGGCCGUUGGGAGAGAGUGGAGCGGCGGGACAAAAAGGCGAAAAGGGUGAAUCCGCCAUUAUCAUAGGAGGAGAUUCUGGACUCGCCUAUGGUGCCCAAGGACCAAUGGGCAGUAGAGGUCCAACGGGACCACCGGGCAUGCCUGGAGCCAGAGGCGGGCAAGGAGAGAGGGGAAGAGUCGGACAGCCUGGAACCAUUGGUAUACCCGGAAUACCAGGCAAUCCGGGUCAAGCCGGAUCGGAAGGUCAGCGUGGACCAUCCGGAUUUCCGGGUACACCCGGUGAAUCUGCGAGGGGUCGCACCAGGUCGGAGAUACGACAGAUAUGCAUGGAAAUCAUUAACGAUUUGAUCUCAAAUAAGCGAGAAGAGUUGCGAGGUCUGCCUGGACGACCCGGGCACGGUAAGACAGGCCGGUCAGGCCCGCCAGGCUCUCAGGGCAUACAAGGCGAUCCAGGACCGCAGGGGCAGGCGGGUGACCGGGGAUUCAUGGGGCUAAUGGGACCACCUGGUCCGCCUGGCCAGAUGGGUCUAAAAGGUGACGGCGGCAACAAGGGAGACCGCGGUCCGGAAGGCAUAGGACUUGAAGGAGCGAUGGGUAUCCGGGGACCGCCAGGCCCACCCGGUCCCCCGGGUACCGGGAUCUCAGGCCGAGACGGGGAACGAGGACCUCCAGGGCGGCCGGGCAUGCCUGGAGUCACCGGUCCCCCCGGUUCCCAUGGACCACCGGGAUACUGCGAAUACUGCAAUUAUCCGAGCAACAACGUGCAGGCUUCCGCCCCGACUUCCUCGAAAGGACCACGUAGCUCGAAAAAGCGGAAAUGAUCACACGCGCGCCCUCUUAUGACGACGACGAGAAACAAUUGCGUGAAAAGCGUGCGAGAGAAAAUAUGAUAGGUUCGUUGUAAAAUGCGAAAGAGCGGGAGGGGGAAUAUAGACGACAGGUGUAGCGUGCCACCAGGGUCGCCUCGAUCUGAAUUUGCGACAUAUCACGUGCCACGUUGAUUGUAUAUACGCCGGUAUUACUGCGACGACGUAAGUGCACUUUAACAUGCAUUUAGCCUGCUUCACGCGUGCAAGAGGAAACACGAAUCGAGCUGCGGAAAGGCAUGACGUUUUGUACCGAGUACAAUACCCCUACUCGUUGAGUCUCACUGUUUAUAGCCAUAUAAUGCAGAUCAAAGUCUGUAGAUACUAUGUUUACGUUUCGAUAUUAGGCAAUGAACACUAAUAUACUAAAGGAUACAACAUGUGUAUGUCAAGUAGCAUUUACGGUGUAGCUUGUGUUCUUGAACGAAGAGUAGCCUACAGUCACUAUAACAACACGCUCGCUUUUACAUUGUCGUAAAAUAUAUCAGAGUUAAUAAUGACAAUUUAUUAUUUGUCAUUAUUGACAAUUUAUUUGCCAUUAUUAACCCCUGAAUAUAUGCAGGACAUACUCUGUUGAUAAACUUAGCAUAUCUCCCGUUUACUCUGUAGAAAUAACGUCGAUACGUGUCAUUUUUCUACAGAACAUGAGCUCGUAAACGCCAUGUCGGUCUAAGUACUUUCAAGUCGACACUUAUCAUAUUCACUUGCAUCUGGUGGGGCACUGAGAACUGCUAUAGCAUCAUGCUACAACGAUAGCUUUCCUGAGAUAGCAAUUCACAUUUUAUUGAUUUCUUAAUCGCUAUUGUUAUAUACUGUAACGACCACUCGGUGUGUUAACGCGGCCUGGUUUACGACUAUGAGGCUCGCGUUAUGGGUUGUUUUUUAUCCGCGUAUUAUUACCACGCACAGGUAACGCUAAUUGUACUAAACUGUCUGUAGUGAAUAUAGUUCAGAACCGCCGAUUUCAUUGUAUUGUCAGACACGUUAUUCUCCCGACUUCAAGACAUCUGAGCAUACGAAGUUUGUAGGCAGAACAAUUCAUUAAUAUAAUAUGUGUCACUCAGCAAUACAUGUUUAAUAUAGGAUAUGUCAUGCCUGUUUUUAACUAGUUCUUGAGAAGUACUACGUGUUAAACAUGUUUCCGUAUGCCAUGCCUAUACGAGCAACAAUGGCUGCAUAUUGGUUGGUGCUAGUUGCUGGCCAUGUUGCAAUGAUUUGCUCAUAAACGAAUAAAGCGUCUCUGCCUAAAUCAUUAGUAGUGCCGUGAAUAACACCAAGCGCGUUGUUUUGUACAAGUUUAUUUAUGUUUCUUAGUAAAAUACACGAGAUUUAGUACACAUGGUUUUUGUACGUUUCCUCUGCGCACAGGAAAGACCAGCAACACAAUACGAAACUUAGAGCUAAACGUUUCCCGAGGAGCUGCAAAACAGUCACUUCCCUUGCUGUCAAUACACAUUUUGUGGAUAAAUUAUUACAUUUGAGAUGAAUUUGCAUCAACGCUGUCAAUACUGCUGAAAUUUAUAAUUACACAAAAUUUCGAUACGUGCUAUACACUGCUGUCCAUAUGCUAUGAUGGUAUUGUUGUUAAACUGCAGACAUAGACAUCAAAAAGCUAUGUUAUUAGAACCACUUUCCCAAAUGAAACUGAUAGUCAAAAAACCAUCAACUUCACGAAACGCAGCACCUAAUAACUACACUGUAUACAGUUUACUUGCAUAGCGUACAAACAUGCUGAACUUUUCAGUCGCUUUAAAAUAUACACAUGUAAUAAACUCUUUUUAGACGACUCAUUUAAAAUACGACCAUCAGAUAGCAGCAGAUACAUUCACCUAGCGUUAUUAAGAUGAAUUGCCAUUUCACUCUCCACCUUGCCAUUUUAGUACGUAGUUUUGUUUUAGAUAACA